UUUUGAGUAGCUUUUUUGCUUUAAAUCAAUCUAGCCGCGUGCGAGUGUUCCGAGUAGUGGUGCCGGCGAAGUCUUCCACUAGGCGGCGGAGAGAUUUUAAUAGGGUUUUAGAUUUUAACGAGCAAAAUCCCUAAUCGACGCUCGAGCUUUGCAACUUUGAGGUUUGAUUUCGUUGGGGGGAAGAAAUGGAGAUGGAUAUGGACACUUCUCCUAGCUUCUUCGACCCCGAGGUCCUCACUGUUAGGGAUCAGUUCCGUCGUUAUGGGAAGAGACACUCUACAUCGCCACAUGAGGAAUUCUCGAGUCCGAAUGUCAGUGAGAACCGGUUACUGUAUGAUGGGCAUUCCAUCCAUAGUCCAACAAACACAGCCUUGCUUCUUGAAAACAUUAAAGAAGAGGUUGACAACUUUCACACCGAUCUUUACCAAGGGACACCUGCGAAUCCGCUCUCUGCUUCCAAGAGGGAGAGUGCUGGAAUUAUGGAUGGUGAUGACGAGGCUUUGUUUCGACGAGUUGAAAGUCAGUCACUGAAGGCUUGCAAGAUUGAGAAUGAUGAGUUGGCCGAGAGUGGAGAUACGACCUUUGCUCUCUUUGCUUCCCUGUUUGAUUCUGCUCUUCAAGGACUCAUGCCCAUUCCAGAUCUUAUAUUAAGACUUGAGGAGUCAUGCAGGGAUGUUUCACAAUCAAUUAGGUAUGGAUCAGAUAUAAGACAUCGGGUUGUAGAGGAUAAACUUAUGAGACAGAAGGCUCAGCUUUUGCUUGGUGAGGCUGCAUCCUGGUCACUUCUAUGGAACUUAUAUGGAAAAGCUACUGAAGAAGUUCCAGAGGAACUGAUUAUGUCACCAUCAACAUCUCAUUUGGAGGCUUGUCAGUUUGUUGUAAACGACCAUACAGCUCAGCUAUGCCUUCGGAUAGUCCUGUGGCUGGAAGAACUAGCUUCCAAAUCACUUGAUUUGGAAAGGAAGGUGCGGGGAUCUCAUGUGGGUACUUAUCUUCCUAACGCUGGAGUGUGGCAUCACACACAAAGGUACCUCAAGAAAACUGGCUCUGCCGCUGACACUGUACGCCAUUUGGACUUUGAUGCUCCAACACGUGAACACGCUCGUCUUCUUCCUGAUGACAAUAAACAAGAUGAAUCUCUCCUUGAGGAUGUUUGGAUUUUGAUAAGGGCUGGGAGAAUAGAGGAGGCAUGUGAUCUCUGCAGGUCGGCUGGGCAGCCAUGGAGAGCUGCAACGUUAUGCCCUUUUUCUGGAAUGGACAUGUUUCCUUCUGUCGAGGCACUGAUAAAGAAUGGAAAAAAUAGGACUCUCCAAGCUAUCGAACUGGAAAGUGGCUUUGGCAAACAGCUGCGUCUUUGGAAAUGGGCUUCGUACUGCGCAUCAGAGAAAAUCGCAGAGCAGGAUGGCGGCAAACAUGAAGUUGCUGUUUUUGCAAACCAAUGUAGCAACCUGAACCGCAUCUUACCAGUUUGUACUGAUUGGGAGUCAGCUUGCUGGGCGAUGGCAAAAUCAUGGCUUGAUGUUCAAGUUGAUCUAGAACUCGCUCAAUCGAAGCCAGGCUUAGCAGAAAGGUUUAGAAACCGUCUUGAUGAAAGCCCUGAUACUAUGCAAAAUGGUUGUCAGGGCCCCGAAGAUUGGCCGCUCCAUGUUCUAAACCAACAACCCCGUGAUCUUUCUGCUCUUCUUCAGAAACUCCAUUCAGGGGAAAUGGUACACGAAGCUGUUGUCAGGGGAUGCAAAGAGCAGCACCGGCAAAUACAGAUGAACCUUAUGAAGGGGGAUAUCUCACAUCUUCUUGAUUUAAUAUGGUCAUGGAUCGCGCCCUUGGAAGAUGAUCAAAGCAAUUUUAGGCCCCAUGGCGAUCCUCAUAUGAUAAAGUUCGGUGCCCACGUGGUGCUUGUUCUUAGGUAUAUGCUUGCUGAUGAAAUCAAGGACAGGGAGAAGCUCAGUAAUGUUGGCGAUCUUAUUCUUCAUAUGUACUCGAUGUUCUUAUUUUCAAAACAACAUGAAGAACUAGUAGGAAUAUAUGCAUCUCAGCUUGCUGGUCACCGCUGCAUUGAACUUUUUGUACACAUGAUGGAGCUAAGGAUGCAUAGCAGCGUACAUGUGAAGUACAAAAUUUUCCUCUCCGCUAUGGAAUACUUGCCAUUCUCUCACGUGGAUGACUCACAAGGAAAUUUUGAGGAAAUAGUUGACAGGGUUUUGUCGAGAUCCCGGGAAAUCAAGCUUGCAAAAUAUGAUCCCUCAGUUGAUGUUGCAGAGCAGCAUCGUCAACAGAGUCUACAAAAAGCCAUAGCCAUUCAGUGGCUCUGUUUUACACCUCCAUCUACUAUAAAGGAUGUCAAGGAUGUCACUUCCAGAUUACUCCUGCGAUCUCUGAUGCACAGCAACAUACUUUUCCGAGAGUUUGCUUUAAUUUCCAUGUGGAGAGUGCCUGCAACUCCUGUGGGUGCACACACACUUCUUAGUUUCCUUGCUGAACCUCUGAAGCAACUCUCAGAAAAUACAGAUACCCUCGUGGACUAUGUUUCCGAGAAUUUGCAGGAGUUCCAAGACUGGAAUGAAUAUUAUUCCUGUGACGCAAAAUAUCGCAACUGGCUCAAAUUCCAAGUAGAGAAUGCUGAAGUUACUGAUCUGUCAGAAGAGGAAAAUCAGAAAGCUAUAGUAGCAGCCAAAGAGACUUUGGAUUCUUCUUUGUUACUGCUCCUCAGAAAAGACAAUCCAUGGUUGACAUUUCUCGAAGACAAUGUAUUCGAAUCAGAAGAAAAUAUGUUCCUUGAGUUGCAUGCAACUGCGAUGCUCUGUUUGCCUUCUGGUGAAUGUUUGCGCCCAGAUGCCACUAUUUGUGCGGCAUUGAUGAGUGCGCUUUACGCCUCUGUCACUGAGGAAGUCGUUUUAGACCGUCAGUUAAUGGUAAAUGUAUCCAUUUCAUCAAGGGACAGCUACUGCAUCGAGGUUGUGCUCAGGUGUUUAGCAACUGAAGGUGAUGGACUUGGGCCACAUAAUGCCAGUGACGGGGGUAUUUUAAGUACAGUUGCGGCAGCCGGAUUUAAAGGUGAGCUUACCCGGUUCCAGGCAGGUGUUACAAUGGAUAUAUCCCGCCUAGACGCUUGGUAUUCAAGCAAAGAGGGCUCGCUUGAAACACCUGCAACUUAUAUUGUCCGCGGUCUCUGUAGGAGAUGCUGUCUUCCAGAGCUCGUUCUUCGAUCUAUGCAGGUGUCUGUUUAUCUUAUGGAGUCGGGAAAUCCACCUGAGGAUCAUGAUGAACUGAUUGAGCUUGUGGCUUCUGAUGAAACUGGGUUUCUCUCUUUAUUCAGUCAGCUACAGUUACAGGAGUUUAUGCUGUUUGAGAGAGAGUAUCGUCUGUCCCGGUUGGAGCUCCAGGAGGAUCUUUCAUCAUCUUGAUUUCACUUAGCAGACUUAUAUACAAUGUGAUGUUGUUGUUGAAAGCUUAGAGAUCAAAGUUCCCUUUAUUACCAUUUAUUUAUCAAAGAGUUUGAUCAUCUUUCAGAAAACC